UCUGACGCAGUUUUUAAUUAUGCGCGCGGAAAUCAAGUGUGGAAGGUGCGCUAGCUUAAACCAAACGGAAACGACAGGCGAGAACAACCAAAAAACACAAAUCCAUCGGUUGAUCUAUUAAUCCAUUAAUCCACCAUUACCUGUGGUGAGUAUGUUUUAAUAGCCGAUCAAAGGGCGUCUCUCUUAAGGAAGCAAAAGACCAGUACCAAUGCUACGAACAAAUGCUCAAAUUCAAUUCACCAAAUCAGAGAGAAACACAAAAUGAGAAGAAGUUUUGCUCCAAGUCAGGUUUUCAAACGAAAGCAAGUAGGGAAUGAAACGUCCGAAGAUGACGAUUUGAGCUGCAAGGAUAGUAAAAGAAGGAGACGUCAUAAUGAAAACCGAGAAGACGUUAUCUCUCCGUUUAGGAAGCCAUUGGUACAUCUGGCAAACCGGCUUUCGUGUGUGGACAGUGAGAAACAUGAGGCAUUCAUCCGAAGUAUCCUCUCCAAGCCGUUUAAAAUUCCCAUUCCAAAUUAUACAGGCGCACUGGGAAUCAAGGGACUCGGACUAAAGCGUGCAGUGGUUAGACGAGCAAUUCAUGACCCAUUUGCAGAGGAUGCUUUGGUUCUUUAUGAGCCCCCAAUUCUGAGUCCUCAUGACCUAAUCAAAUUGGACAAAGAAAAAAUACCAGUGCAUGUUGUUGUGGAUCCGGUCUUAGGAAACGUACUGAGACCCCAUCAGAGAGAGGGGGUAAGGUUUCUUUGGGAAUGUGUAACGGGAAGGCGUAUUGCUAACUCCUAUGGCUGUAUUAUGGCUGAUGAGAUGGGGCUAGGGAAGACCUUGCAGUGCAUUACCCUCAUUUGGACCCUGCUCCGCCAGAGUCCUGAUGCCAAACCGGAAAUAAAUAAAACCAUUGUCGUCUCCCCUUCCAGUCUGGUUCGCAACUGGUUCAAUGAAAUCGGAAAGUGGCUAGGGGGACGCGUCACACCUGUUGCAAUUGAUGGAGGUUCAAAAGAAGAGAUAGACAGACAACUAGAAAACUUCAUUCACCAGCAUGGAUUGAGGGUGCCAACACCGAUAUUAAUAAUUUCAUAUGAGACAUUUCGACUUCAUGCUGAGGUUCUGCACAAGGGUAAAGUUGGACUUAUCCUCUGUGAUGAGGGCCAUCGACUGAAGAAUGCUGACAACCAGACAUACCAGGCCCUAAAUUCCAUGAGUGCUCAGAGGAGAGUACUGAUAUCUGGGACACCUAUCCAGAAUGACCUUUUGGAAUACUUCAGUUUGGUACACUUUGUCAAUGCUGGAAUCCUUGGUACAGCCCAGGAAUUUAAAAAGCGAUUCGAGAUUCCCAUCUUGAAGGGUCGAGAUGCAGAAGCCAGUGAUAAAGACAGACAGUUUGGAGAGGAGAAACUCAAGGAGCUAAUCAGCAUAGUUAACAGAUGCUUGAUUAGAAGAACAUCAGAUGUCCUCUCCAAGUAUCUCCCUGUAAAAAUUGAACAGGUUGUCUGUUGCAGGCUGACCCCUCUUCAAACAGAACUAUACAAGCAGUUUCUAAGGCAGGCUAAGCCUUUUGAGACAGUGCAAAAGGGCAGUGUAAGUAUAUCCUCCCUGUCCUCGAUCACAUCACUCAAAAAGCUGUGUAAUCACCCAAUGCUCAUCUAUGAAAAGUGUGUGGAAGGUGAGGAAGGCUUUGAGGGUAUGCUAAAACUCUUUCCACCUGGCCACAGCACUAAAUCUGUGGAGCCUCAACUCUCAGGGAAAAUGCUGGUCCUUGACUACAUUCUGGCAAUGACAAGGAGCACAACUAGUGAUAAAGUGGUGCUCGUGUCCAACUACACUCAAACACUGGAUCUCUUUGAAAAACUGUGCAGAUCUAGAAGAUACCUCUAUGUUCGACUGGAUGGCUCAAUGUCAAUCAAGAAAAGGGCAAAAAUUGUUGAAAGAUUUAACUGUGCAUCUAGCCCAGAGUACAUCUUUAUGCUGAGCAGCAAAGCUGGUGGGUGUGGCCUGAAUCUCAUUGGCGCUAAUCGCUUGGUGAUGUUUGAUCCUGACUGGAACCCAGCAAAUGAUGAGCAGGCAAUGGCACGCGUCUGGAGAGAUGGUCAGAAAAAGACCUGCUACAUCUACAGACUGGUCUCUACGGGGACCAUAGAGGAGAAAAUCCUGCAGAGACAGGCACAUAAGAAGGCGCUGAGCAGCUGUGUAGUGGAUGAAGAGCAGGAUGUAGAGCGCCAUUUCUCUCUGGGAGAACUACGAGAGCUUUUCUCUCUCAAUGAGGACACCAUCAGUGACACACAUGACAAGUUCCGUUGUCAGCGAUGUGUCAAUCAGAGGCAGGUGAGACCUCCUCCAGACAGUUCUGACUGUACCUGUGAUCUUUCUCAGUGGCACCACUGCUCUGACAAGAGGGGCUUAAAGGACCUUGUGCUGCAAGCAUCUUGGGAUGCCGCAGUCUCCUUUGUCUUCCAUCAGCGCUCUCAUGAGAACCAGAGGGGUUUAGAGUAGCACAUAGUUACUAUGGUGGUUUGUGAGGACCCUUACCUCCUGUCAGUUUAGUCCCAUUUAUUAGCUAUUGGCCUUUGCAAUCUGUGCAAGAAAAUUAACCUGAACUUUGGUAUGUCUUAAUAUUACAUUACUCCUACCUUACAGCCUGUAAUUUUUGUGGGUUUGGGGGCUGUACGGUAUGCAAAACUCAAGAUUAAAAAUGUUAUACUACGUUAUAAAUGAUAGGCUUACAAAACUAUCAGUGUCAAGAGCUAAAAUAUGAUACAUGUUUGUUAAUGACCAAAUUAAAACCAAAUUGAUUUCUGCUGAUAAAACAGAUUUUGCUCCUGGAAAUUAUUCUCGUUUGUUAUUGUUUCUUAAGGUCCAUGAUAAUUAAUUUUAAGCAACCUGUACAAUUCUCAAUCUUCUGUGAAACGGAUUAUUUCCUCUUAUUUUUGGUUUUAUCAUCAAAUCUGAUAUUUCCCUUUUAUUUGACUUUGAGAAUAUUUGUUAUAAUAGAAA